AUGGCCUCCCCUGACGAUUACUCCAUCGGGUGGGUUUGCACACUACCUAUCGAGGUAGAGGCUGCCAAAGCUACGUUCGACUGCAUUCAUGACACCUUGCUACCUCCGAAUCUGGACCCCAACAACAACAACAACAACAACAACAACAACAACAACAACUAUGUUCUGGGAAGUCUUCAAGGCCAUAAUGUCGUACUGGCAUAUCCGAAUUGCCGCGCGUGUGAUGAUGGUGAAGAUGAUGAUAAACCAUCCUUAGCGGACGCUGCCACGCAGUUACAGGCAGUCUUCACCUCUGUUCGGAUCAUUCUGAUGGUUGGUACGGCGGCUGCGGCUCCAAACAUGAACGAGGAUAUUCGUCUUGGUGAUAUUGUUGUAAGCAACUCGGCAGUCGGUCGGUCGGGUGCCAUUCAGUAUGCUGCGAAUGGAGAGCAAAUGAAAGAUCAACUUCUUCGUGGUAGAGCGUUAGGACGGCCGACUUCAUCACUGUUUCUCACGGCAACGAGGAAAGCCGAGACAGCCGCCAUCUUCGGUGACAGUAAGAUAGAUCGAUACGUCGCCGACAUCGUACGCAAAGACCCCGUCAUCUUCUCCCGCCCAGGGCCCGAACAAGACUUGGUCUUCGAGCCGAAUUAUGAUCAAGCAACUAUUGAUUCCGGAGAGAGCGCGUGCAGAGAUUGCAACCUGGGGCGGCAGCCUCGGGAGACACAGAGACCUACAGUGCACUAUGGCCUUAUCGCCUCCGGUCAUCAUGCGGUGCACCACGGAGCAACUAGAGACACAUUGCCGUACAAGCAAGGCGUGCUGUGCUCUGAGACGGGCGCGACCGGCGUAAAAGAUGCUGCCCAAUACUUGAUUAUCCAAGGCAUCUGCAAGUAUGCAGAUUCGGAUCGCUCGAAGCUCUGGCACCCCUAUGCCGCAGUGGCUGCAGCAGCGUACGCAAAAGAAGUCCUUUCGUUUAUACCCAAGGCUUCCAAGACACUACCUCUGACACCCAACACCGAGGCUGGGCCUAUUCUCAGCGCUUUGCUCUUGACCAGACCAGAGGUUGACCGAAAGUCGCUGAUUGUAUUGAAAGGGCGCCGAGCCGACGGCACGUGCAAAUGGCUCCUACAGCAUCCCCGCUAUCAGGAGUGGUUGUCAAACCCAAAUCAACCAGUGCUUUGGAUCUCGGGUGGCCCUGGAAAAGGAAAAACUAUGUUGGCGAUCUAUAUUACGGAAGUGCUAGAGUCGGUGCGUGGUGGUGGUGGUGGUGGUGUUGCCGGCGAUGUUCUUCUCUACUACUUCUGUAGUAACCGCGAUAAGAAUCGGAAUACGGCCUUGACCAUACUGAGAGGCCUCAUACACCAGUGGAUUGAUUUUCAACCCCAUCUGGCCCAAUACAUCAAGAAUUCCUUUGAGGGCACUGAGACGACCAAGUACACCGUUUCCAGCUUUGUCGCCCUGUGGAGUGUAUUCCUCACGAUGCUUCAACAUAGUGGGUCUUCCCAGGUGGUCUGUGUGCUGGACGGCUUGGAUGAAUGUGAGAAGGAAUUGCUCGGCCAGUUUCUCGAUGCCGUUGGGAACUAUCUGUUCAAAACGCCAAAAGUGGGAAGGCCACGACUGAAGCUUAUUUUGCUCUCCCGGCCCCACCCAGCGAUCUCGGGGAGCAGACUUGGCCAGUAUCUGCACAUCAAAUUGGACGACUCCAAUGCGCAGAUAGCAGAUGAUGUCAAGAGGUACAUCUCUGCCAAAGUCACCGAACUGGCAUCCGAGCAGAAGCUCACCGACGGUAUGGUCGCGCAAGUUCGGCAGGCAUUAUUGGCGGGCGCCGACGGCACCUUCUUGUGGGUGGGCUUUGUGGCCAAUGAGCUUCAGGGCAGGAGUUGGGACAGAAUCAACGAAAUCAUCCAUCAGAUCCCUAAAGGCCUGGCCGGAGUAUAUCAACGGCUGCUCCAGCAAAUUGACGACAAGGAAGCGCUGGUGCCCAUUCUUCAAUGGGUGGUUCUCGCUGCCCGGCCCCUCACAAUUGACGAAUUGACAGUGGCCACAGACACCAAGGCAUCCGGUACCCUUACCGCUACCGCAGUGACCAAGAGUCGGCUCAGGCUCUGCGGGCCGCUCGUGAAGAUCGAAGGAGAUGUAGUGAACCUGGUCCAUCAGUCAGCGAAAGAAUUCUUCCAGAGCAGCCAAGUCAACGUCAAGGGGAUCAGCAUGUUCUACAUGGACCAGAGCACCCACGGGACUCUCAUGCGAACCUGCCUCGCACACGUCGAGCGUAGUUACGUCUCCACCACCGGAGCGAUCGAUGAGAGGUUCAACCGCGGUCCACUCUUCCUUUAUGCCGCUCAAUACUGGCCGGUGCAUUUCUAUCACGCCAAUGACACGGUUGAAGGGCCGUCUGAGUUCUCCCGUCCGUUUUUUGGAGUCAAGUCUGCAAUCCGAGACAGCUGGUGGAAAUUCUAUUGGGAGCAGGAGAGGAACGGCGGAAACGCGCCCGCGUUCACGCUCCUUCAUCUGGCUUCGUAUCUUGGCAACGUAGCCUGGGCUAGAUGGUUGAUCAGCAAGCAUGUCCGGCUCGUUUCGCGCAAGGACAACUACGGCCGAACGCCGCUUUGCUGGGCCGUAAACCGGGGUCAUCGGCACAUGGUGCAGCUGCUUCUCGAUCACGGUGCUCGCAUCAAUGUCAAAGAUCGAGGCCGGUUGACGGCACUCCAUAUCGCGGUUAAUGGACAGCACAAGGACAUCGUGUCCAUGCUGCUCGGUCACGGUGCCCAUCUGGAGAGGGAGAUCAUCCAGAUGCUGCUUGAGCACGGCGCGCGCGUGGACGGACUGCCCACCCCGGCAGGAGUCGCCUCUCUGAGAAGUCCUUCUGACCCGAUGGAAGAGAGGGUAGAAGAGCUACUGGGACUCCGAGAACAGAUCUUCCUCACCCGGUACAAGCAGGCAUCGCGAAAGAUCAAUCUCGUCAUGAAAGCCCUCGGCCUUUCCUUCCGAUUCCCCAUCGUUCUUUCCCUGGUUACCCUUUAUCUGAAAUUUGUGGCCUUCGACCGCUGGGAGAAUAUGCCUGUACUGCAGGAGGUCGCCAGGGGGUAUAAGAUGAACGAAAUGCGCCAAUGGGCAGAAGCGUACCGUGAAUUCUUCGUCCAGCUGGUGGUUUCCAGGAACCAGAAAGGGCUGCAGGCCAUGACCGACCUGCCGACGCAAGUGUUUCGGGAGGUCGCCCCCGGGGAUCUGCAAGCCCUGCUUGUGAUCGCAGUCCUCGUCGGCUCGGAGGCCAAGCUCGCAGCUGUUCGACACGGGUGGAGAGAAGGCGAUGCCAUCACAGCCAGAGCAUUCUCGCAUUGGGCCGCGAUCGCCUGCCACAGAGGCGCGGAGGAAUCUUUACACUACGGCGUCCGCGACUUCCUGAACGAUUUUGAUACCUCGAUCCGAAGCGGCAACCGGGAGGAUAAUGUGGCCCGGACUGUGGUACUUCUGACAUCGCACUUCGCCAUGAUCGAGAAUGACGAGCCGCGGCCAAUCGAAUACUUCUCCGGGGUCAUCGCCGACUUCUACGAAGGAUACAUCGGCGGCGGGCACGAAGUUGACUUAUUCAAUGACGCAAAUCAGGCAUGCGCCGGUGAAUUGGCCGGCAUCAGCCAAAGCCGCGAUUCCACUAGAUUACUUCUUUUCCUGACAAGUGUCUUCCAAUUUGCCCAGCGCUCGCAGGGGGCAGGACGGGACCGCUUCCUCAAUUUACCCUCUGCGGCAUGCUUGAUUGUCUGCCAGGAGAAUGCCAUGUCUCACCAGUGGCUGAUUGGCGAGGCGAUACCAGAGACGAUGAGUACCUUGAUUUCCAAACAACCACCAGGGUUGCUUCGAAAGCGGGCGUGCAAGACCUUGGUGGAGUGCCUGAUCAUCGGAAAGCAACAUGGCUUGAUCUUGCAGGCGGCUAAAUUGAGACGGGAGGUGAAUGGAAGUCUGCAAUUCCUGCCCGACGUCCACGAAAUAUUAAGCCGGAUCGUUGAUAUAUGA